AUAUUAAAGAACAAUAAUAGUGAGUGAACCCUGAAUUUUAAAAUUAAAUCACUUUCUGGGAUAGUUUUUCGCUUUUCGAUUAAAAUUUUAUUUGGACAAAUUUUGAAAAUUUUGUCUCUUAAAAAGUCGAAAGUCAAUAGUUUCGAUUUUUCUCUCACCGAUUGAUUUGGACGAAUCAAGAACCAUGAAUAUCCCACCAUCACCAGGCCACCAGAAUUUUAUAAACCUGGGAGAAAUGCCCCCAGCCAUGGAUAGCACUCAGCAGACAUUGUUGUGGCAGCAAAACCAAUAUAUGGCUGACUCUGGCAUUCACUCAGCUGCAGGUACUCAGACCCCAUCUCUCAGCAGUAAGUUAGGGAUCGACGGAGCGACUAUUGGUGAUAACAUGUCUUCUCAGCAGUCGCAGCUAUACACAUUCGAUGAUUUCAGUGUUCCUCCUGUUUAUGGACAGCCUCAGGUUGAUGAAAUCCAAGGCAUCCAGUGCGGCAUGCCUCUGUCGCAGGCCAACCCACCUCCGGGUUAUUUUGAUCAGAUGGGUGCAGAGGGAAUCUGCCCACCUAGCAACAUGAUGCACCCGGACCCCACCAUGGAUGGCGAAUGGCUUUCUGAGCCAUCUCAGAUGUUGAGAGAGGCUGUUGCCAAUCUGGUCAACUAUCAAGACGUCUCCGACAUGGCACAGACUGCCAUCCCUGAACUUGCGAAUCUCCUGAAUGGCGAGGAUCAUGUGGUUGUCGGCCAGGCAGCCAUGAUGGUGCAUCAGCUGUCAAAGAAGGAAGCCAGUAGACAUGCCAUAAUCAACUCACCACUGAUGGUCAAAUCCCUAAUUAAUGGCAUAAACACGACGGCCGAUACUGAGACAAUGAGGUACCUCGCUGGCACACUUCAUAAUCUUUCACACCAUAGACAGGGACUCCUGGCUAUUUUUCAGUCUGGAGGAAUUCCUUCUCUUGUCAAGUUACUCAGCUCUAAUGUAGAGUCGGUACUUUUCUACGCGAUAACCACCCUGCACAACCUGCUGCUGCAUCAGGAGGGAUCCAAGAUGGCGGUUCGUAUGGCCGGGGGCCUCCAGAAGAUGAUUGCCCUACUCCAGAGUACCAACAUCAAAUUCCUGGCCAUCACUACUGACUGCUUGCAACUGCUUGCUUACGGAAAUCAAGAAAGCAAAUUAAUCAUCUUGUCGAGUAAUGGUCCGACAGAGUUAGUGAAGAUCAUGCACUCAUACUCUUACGAGAAACUUCUCUGGACCACAUCACGAGUUCUUAAAGUUCUGUCAGUCUGCCCACAGAACAAACCUGCUAUCAUUGCUGCUGGUGGUAUGUCAGCCUUGGCCAUGCAUUUGUGUCAUCCUAGUCAGAGGUUGGUUCAAAAUUGCCUGUGGACACUCAGGAAUCUGUCAGAUACUGCUACUCAUGCUGAGAAUCUGGAACCUCUCCUGCAAGUCUUGGUGCAGAUGCUGGCGGCCAACGACGCAAACAUCGUGACCUGUGUGGCGGGCAUCCUGUCCAACUUAACUUGCAACAACCAGACGAACAAGAUGGUCGUCUGCCGGGCAGGGGGUAUCGAGACGCUCAUCAGGACCCUCGUGCAGGCUGGGGAUAGAGAGGACAUAACUGAACCCACGAUAUGUGCCCUCCGUCACUUGACAAGUCGACACCCAGAGGCUGAGAUGGCCCAGAACUCUGUGCGCUUGUUCAACGGUCUGCCACUUCUUAUCAAACUCCUUCAGCCGCCGAGCCGCUGGCCUCUCAUGAAGGCCAUUAUGGGGCUCAUUAGAAAUCUCGCCCUGGCACCGGCCAAUCAGACCCCUCUCAGAGAACACGGGGCCAUUCCGAAAAUUGCGCAGAUUCUGGCCAGGGCUCAUCAGGAUAUACAAAGGGCCGGAGGAAUGGGAGUGCAGGGAAGCAACAGUAGUAGCAGCAGCAGCAGCAGUGCUGUCAGCCACCCACCAGUGUACGUGGAUGGUGUGAAGAUGGAGGAGGUGCUGGAGGGGGCCAUUGGGACGCUACAUAUCAUGUCCAGGGAGGUCAACAACAGGACUGUCAUUCGAUCGAUCGAAAACAUCAUGCCCAUCCUCACACAGCUUCUCUACUACCCAAAUGAGAACAUUCAACGUAUGGCUCAUGGCGUGCUCUGCGAACUGAAUGUCCAGCCGCAACCGCCGCCGCUACAACAGCAGCAGCCACACAUCCACGUCCAACAACCACAACAGCCACACAUGCAUCUCCAACAACAGCAGCAGCAUACAAUCGUUCCACAGCAGCAGCAACAACAACAACAACAUAUUCAUUCACAUCAUCAAUGGUCUGGCAAUGGAAACAAUGGCAACAAUCCAAUGACGAUGAUGAUGAAUCCAUCUACUCCUGGUAAGAUCAACAACAGCAAUAACAUCAUCAACGGCAGCAGCAGUAGUAGUAGUGGUGGUAACGCUUUCGAGUCGCAGCAGCUGCAGCUACAGCAGCAGCAUCAACAACAGCAGCAGCAUCAUAGGAUGCUGGAUAUGAACACCUUCAACUAUCUACUAAAUUAAUUAAUUAAUUAAUCGACCGAUCGAUUGAUUGAUUGAUUGUUUGAUUGAUUAAUAGGAUUGGUUGAUUAGUUGAAAUGAUUGAUUGAUUGUUUAAUUGAUUGUUUAAUUAGUUUAAAUGGCUUAUUGAAAGAUUGAAAUUAAUUGCUAUCUUAACGAUUUUUUUUCUCAAAUUUUUAACGACUCGCACAAUAAUGCUUUGGUUUAUGUAAUAAUAAUUAGGACAUAAUAAUAACGAUAAUUAUUAUAUAUACUAAUUAUCGUUAAUAUUAUUAUUACUGAUGUUAUCAGAAAGAGUAUACUAAAUUAAUCAAAAUAGACCACACACUGUAUCAGUCUGUAGCAGUAAAUUUUACUUAAUACUUAUGAAUUAUGCUUCUAUGCCUACGUGUGUGUGUGUGUGUGUGUCAGUCAGUCUAUUUUAUACUAUAAUGUGUUUUAUUUAUUAGCAAUUAAAUCAAAAAAACUUUUAAUUAAUAUAGUCGAUAUUAUACUUAUUUUGUGUGUGUGUGUGUGUGUGUGUGUGUGUGUGUGUGUGU